UGAUGGGCGGCGGGCGCGGCCUAUGAGGCGGCGCGGAGGGCGGGGCGGCGGUCGGGCAAGAUGGCGAAGACGUACGACUAUCUCUUCAAGCUGCUGCUCAUCGGCGACUCGGGCGUGGGGAAGACGUGCGCGCUCUUCCGCUUCUCCGAGGACGCCUUCAACGCCACCUUCAUCUCCACCAUCGGUAUCGAUUUUAAAAUUAGGACCAUAGAGCUAGAUGGGAAGAGAAUUAAGCUGCAAAUCUGGGAUACGGCUGGGCAGGAGCGAUUUCGAACCAUCACAACAGCGUACUACAGGGGAGCAAUGGGCAUUAUGUUAGUCUAUGACAUCACCAAUGAAAAAUCUUUUGAAAAUAUUCGGAACUGGGUCAGGAACAUUGAAGAGCACGCCUCUCCAGAUGUUGAAAAAAUGAUCCUUGGGAACAAAUGUGAUGCAAAUGACAAAAGACAAGUUUCUAGAGAGCAGGGGGAGAAGGUAAGUGCUACAGCCUGGUCUCCACCCUGGUUGGUUGUAUUUAUAGCUGUUCCUGCUGAUCCAACUAACAUGAAACUUGCUUUUGUUCAGCUUGCAGCAAGUUUUGGAAUUAAAUUUAUGGAGACCAGUGCAAAAGCAAAUAUAAACAUAGAGAAUGCGUUUUUCACUCUUGCCAGAGAUAUCAAAGCAAAAAUGGACAAGAAGUUGGAAGGCAAUAGCCCACAAGGCAGCAACCAGGGAGUCAAAAUCACACCAGACCAGCAAAAGAAAAGCAGCUUUUUCCGAUGUGUUCUUCUGUGAGGGACACGGCCUUAAUCUGAGCGUCUGCUCAACUGAACUGGACUGUGCCUGUUCUGAGUGAGACUUCCUCUGUCUGUGGACUUAGCAUUUUCAACACACAUUGUCACUUUGUGACCAUCUGAAUAAGAAAUCGUUUAUUUUAGUAAUUGUCUGACUCUUCAAUUUUGGAGAUGAAACAAGUUUAUUUUUGUCAGAUUGCCACUGGGCAUAUAUAUUGUCUAGCAGAGGGAAUACAGAUCAAAUGUGACCUGUAAUAGCACCUUUGCUGACAGGCUUCAAUCUUAUUGUUCAUAUCUGUAAUGUAUCCAAAUUAGAAAGAUUAAGUUAUGAUCAAAAUAAGAAACUGAAAUACCAAUAUUAAUAAAGUACAGGUAUGUGUACAUGAUACAUGUGCAUAUCCAUAUCUAGAUGCAUAUAAAACAUUUGCAUCAAAACAUCAAAUAAAUGCACUUAAGCAAGCAGUACAGGUAUAUACCUUUUCAGAAGGUAGAAGGAAGCUUUCUACAUCUCCACCUUUUUGCUACUACAGAGUAAAUCCUUAAUCUGCCUAAUUACUCAAUUGUGUUUUUCUAGACAAUCCACAAGUACAAUUAGAGUAAAAAAAAAAAAACAUUCAAAUGAAUCUAUUAAAAAAAAAAAAAGUACUGUAAAUGUAAUGGUUCCUUACCAUCAGGAAUUUCUUUAUCCAUGUUAAAGAUGACCAUGUUUAAAUAAUCCAUGCAUUUAACAGGAGAUGAUAGCUACAGUGUGUCCCAUGCAAACGAUCUGUGGUCUGUUUUUGGAGAAACAGACCGUAGGGACAUGUAUUUCAGCAUAUAAUAUCACAGUGGACAGCUUUUCCUUCUCCAGCUGAGAAUGACUCCAGAUCUGUCAUGAUGUAGUAGCUAGUUAUAAAUUGUGACAAGAAAAUGUAUUGCACUGCUUCCAGUUGUGUGUUCCCAUGCACACUUGCUCACAUAUGCAAAUAAAUGUUGCACAUAUGAACACUUUCUGAAAACAGACUUUUUAAACUGAGAUUUGCCUUGCUGCUGUGUAUUGAUCAUUUCAGAUUCCAAGCAGCAACAAACCUGUUAAUAGCAUGCAUCAAUGCAAAUGAUAUUUAGUUCUCAGUGGAAAUAUUUAUUCUUAUAAACACAGUCUCGUACAUUCCGAUGUAUAAAAUGUAACAGCCUAGUAAAGCACCUAGGUAGCCAGUUGCUCUGAGUUCUGAGCUGUAAGCCUGACUCUAGUUAGAUUGAUAAAAGGAGCCAGUAAGAGCAAUCGACUUAGAAGUCUGCUGUCAAGUAAUUAUGGUAUAUUUGACCCAAGUGAACAUAUCACCUGUGUCCUGCAACUCACUGGAUUUGUUAACGUGCUGCUUUGUUUACAUUGACAACUGCACUUAAGGGUAAAAUUAAAGCUCAUUUUAAUGUAUUUACUUACCAGCUUUGCUUUCUUCAAGGUUGUGGUAUUACAUUCAGGCCUCAAAGUAGCACUUGUAAGCGUUACUGUAGUUAAUUAUGAAUCUGAUAGAUAUUUAAACUUUAUAAAUCUGCAGCAUGCAAUUGGGCUCAACAGGAAUAUUGCCCCUUUUUCUAAAAUAAAAAGAAAUUUUUUAUUGCAUAAGUUACUGGAUUAUAAAAACGCAUUUUAUAUGCCACCAACUUUCUUCUUUUAAUAGCUAGCAAAUUAAAAUGAGCUCUGUUCAUUAUUAAAAUCAUAUGUAAAACUUUCCUCUAACCAGUACCUUAUGAUGUUUUGUUCUUGUUUGUUUGUGUGUUUGCUUGUGGCUUUUUAGUGUGAGGACGUGGUGAAUACGCACCAUGCUGAAUUACAUGCAGAUGUAUUUGUAGGGUAAAAUCAUGUUAAGGUACUGAAGAGCCUUCUAGUCAGUAUGUGCUUCAAAGGGUAGGUAAUACACAGCUGUAGAUUGGGCAAGCAAUGCUACUAUCUUCAUAUAAGGACGCUUUAAAAAAAAAAAAAAAGACUAUGCUUCAAGAAAUUACUGGGGCAAAAUUGGGGAGGUGAUUCAGGCAUGGUCUGAAUGCUGUUCUACACAAAGCAGAUCUGUUUAAUGUGUUGUUUCUGGCUUAGCAGUAAAUGUGGUUUGUAUCACAUCUAUCCUCUUUCUUUAAUAUAGCCAGAUGUUGCAGCCAGACUUAUUUUUGGAAAUGACUGGAAAAAUCAGUGGUUAAUCUAAGUUGAUAUCGUGGGGCUCUGCACCACGACAGUGGGUCUUGCCUGUUGACAGCAUCUAAAUAGAUAACUUGUCCUGAGAUGAGAAAGAAAUACCAUAUUAACUUAAAAGUGGAUAAAACUUGAAGGAUUGAAUUGUUUUUCAUUCCCCAUUUUCUAAAUCUUAUGUUACUCUUUUGCAUUAAAAACUAACUCUGUCUGUGAACAACUUCAUUUAAACUUAUGCUGGUUGUUGCACGUGUUUAUAUACCUAAUUUAUAGCAUGAUUUCCAAACUGAUUGGUUUUGUUCAAGGAACAUGUUACUGCCCGAUCUCAGGAAGUUUCACGCAGUUACUGUGACCUACAGUCAUCACUGUACUUCUAGGGUAUACAGGCUCGCAGAAAUUAUAUCAGUGUAAGCAAUAUGAAACCUCAAAAUAUGAAUGCAAAUGUAAGACAGGGAAAGGUUAAAGACACUGUAGUUGCAUGUAUGCUUGGCUAUGUGUUGCUAAGUACUGACAUCAAAUGUUGGAUAAGUACAAUAUGCAGUUGAUGUUUCCAUCGCAUAAUUAAAUUGUGUUUUUUAAGCAUGAAUGUUAUGAAAACACAAUGAUCAAAAGAGGUACUGUGUAAAUGAAUACAGGAAUGUAUUUAUAUGUAAGCUUUCUUUAACCAAGAUGGAAAAAAUCUGAAAUUGGGUACAGAAUUUGUAAAACAGGAAUUUAAGUAGAUCCGUAAAGCUAACGAUGCGCUUGCUACGCAUUCUCAGUGUCUAAAUACCACUAAAAUGUCAGGUAACCAGUUAACACUUGGUUUGUAGAGAAACAAACCCAUUUUUGAGCACGUUCUCAAACUCCCUUACUUUAAUGAGUAUCAUAGAAUUCUGUGGUUGACCUUAUUUUUGAGGCUGAUUGCAAUUAUUCAGAUAGUCUUCACCCUUUCAGGUGUAGAGCUGUCAGUAGCUUAUCUGUCAAUAAACAGUGGAACUGCUGUUUUAAUGCUCACGUCGUCUAGUUCCUGUGCAGAUAGGCACAUCUAAUGUUCUUUGACAUCAGAGCCUUAUGCCACGUCAGACUUUCAGCCUCAGAUUUAUAAAUCCUAUGGAUUAUAUUAAGUCUCUUUAUUGCUGCUGAAAAUUAUUCGGUCUCUACUUUCAUGUGGGAUGCUAAUCAUCUUACUGACAAUUGUUAAGGGUUUUAUUGUGGUGGCGAUGUGUUUGGCUGAUGCUCAUACUCAAAAGCUACCGUGAUUUCUUGCUCUCUUGGACUUGAAAUGGAUGGGGGUUUAAGCUGGAGAGGAAAUGGACAAAUGGCUGCUUAAUGGUCUCCAUUUCUGCUAGAAGUUCAUAGGGGUUGGGAAAGAGUGAUGACUAACUUGUGUCCUCAUUUACAGAUGAAAUAAAGAUCUGUUCAACUGAACGUUAAUGGUAAUGUCCAGUCUGAUUAUUUCAGGCUGCCUUAUUCUUUGACCCAUUUCUUUCACUGAUUGUUGGAGUUCUUGUUUCUGUAGUUAAUACAUGUUUAACAGGCUGGUCUCUCUAGCCUUUCAGCAGGAAUCAUGCUCUAAAUUGAGCAUGAGUUGGGACUUAAGACUUUGUUUUUGAAGGGAACUUAAGGGAACCAGCAUUUUAAAAAGCAACUGUAAACUGUGUGUUUAGAAUGACCACUUUUGAUUGCCACCCUUCCCACAACUGCUUUCUUAAACACUUCUCAUUGAUUUUCAUGUUUGUAUUAAAAACAAAACUUUUUAUUACAGUAUGUAUGUUUUUACUCUGUUGUACAGGACCCUGAGCACUGCAUAAAUAAACUUCUUAUGAAAAGAGAAUUUUAAAAAA